GAAGUCGGUAAGAAUCUGAUCUCUGUUGACCUUUUGCUAAGGAACCCUUCUCAGCGUUCCUCGUCUGCGGCUGCGCUUCUUUCUUUCCUCUCAAAAGGUGCGGGCUUUUGCGCCCUUUUGGUCCCUGAAUCGAUGUUCGUUUGCGUUCCAUGGAUCCCUCUUUGAAUCAGUCCUCUCCAGUGGCGGAAGAAGACGACUGGGAUACUGAUGGAUUUGUGAUCCCGAGCUUGGUUAUCAGUGAUUCUGAUCUUGCCAACACAAAUGUGCCUGGAGUGACGGGUCCAAAACCUCCGGCAAAUACCACCAGGGAAGCUGAGACAAUAUACUUGGGACCUCACGGUGCUCCACCUCAAGCCAGGCAACAAGAGUCGAACGCAUCUAGCCAUAGGCAGCGCUUCAAACAUAAGCUAAGAGAAGCAGAUGGUAGAUUUCCUGGAACCGGGCGCAAGAACAAGGUAGAAACACUUCAACAGCUCGUUGGCAGUAAAGUAAGCAGCCGCAGCAUGCUGAAGACUUCACCGAGAGAUAUGGCUGGAUCCACAUUGCAAUGAGUCUCAGUUUGAGAAGUAUCCUUAGAAGAGUUCUGUAAACUCAAGAUAUAUUGUGAUCAUCCGCGCUACAUGGCCUUGAAGACAUUGGUUGCUACUUGUAUGGGCUUUUAUCAUCCUUACAAACCUUGGGUAUAUGUUGCUAAAUUCUCAUGUUCGUUUUUUGGCCAUGUUAUCGGUGUUUCUUACCUUAUCUCUA